AUGGUCGUCCGUUACUGGAAAAAAUCAACUCUUAUCGCUGUAACUGUUUUCUUCUCAUUCCUUUUUUCGCUCUACUAUUUGCCAUCUGGUGACGACAGUUUCUUCAGAUCCGGACGAUUAUUCAGAAGUGACAAGAGUCGUUUCUUGGCUCAGGUUCGACGGCAUGAAUUUAAAUUUGUGAGAUCUCAAUUUGCUAGAGAAGAAAGGAAGGUGGAAGGUGAAUUUGAUACCAGUUCUGAUUGGCGCCGUCAAUUCAUAAUUAAUAUGACUAAAUUUGCUUGGGAGAAUUAUCGAAAAUAUGCAUGGGGUUUCAACGAAUUGAAACCUUUAUCACGAUCUGAGCAUAGUGCAUCAGUAUUUGGCAGCGGAAAACUGGGUGCGACCAUUGUUGACGCGCUCGAUACCUUAUACAUUAUGGGGCUAAAAGAAGAGUAUGAAGAAGGCCGAGAUUGGGUGCAAAACUUUUUUGAUUUAAAAGUUUCGGCUGCUGAUAUAUCUGUUUUUGAGACAAAUAUCCGUUUCGUUGGAGGUUUAUUGGCUGCUUAUGCCUUAACUGAAGAUAAGAUGUAUAUACAAAAGGCAACUGAUGUCGCAAAUAUAUUGUUACCAGCUUUUGAGACACCAACUGGUAUACCUCACGCAUUAGUUAAUCCUGUUUCGGGUCAGUCCCAUAAUUGGGGUUGGGCUAAUGGCGAAACGGCUGUAGAUACCGAGUAUCUGUGCAUUGCAUUGACGCAGUUAUUAAUGUUUGAAAUACUUGCAUUGUCUUCUGGAAAAGUUGCACGCAUACGAGAAGUGGUACUUUCUGUAAGGACAGAAGAUGGACUUUAUCCGAAUUAUUUGAAUCCAAAAUCUGGGAAAUGGGGUCCUAAGCAUGUCUCAGUUGGUGCACUGGGUGAUAGCUUUUAUGAAUAUCUUCUGAAAUCAUGGCUUAGAUCAGGUAAAAAUGAUACAGUUUAUAAAGAAAUGUAUGAUGCAGCGUUAGUAGCAAUCAAGAAAUAUUUAUUACGUUAUUCAAGGCAAAAUCAUCUCGCGUAUUUUAUUGAGUUAAAGGGAAAACGUGAGGUGCACAAAAUGGAUCAUUUGGCAUGUUUUAUUGUUGGUUUGCUCGCUCUCGAAGCCUUAAAUGAAAAUGAUAUGAAGAGACGCAAUGAUACGUUAAAGCUUGCGGAAGAAAUCGCCAAUACAUGUCACGAGUCAUAUAUUAGAACUGCUACAGGCAUUGGUCCUGAAUCGUUUCGAUUCACAGACGAAGUGGAGGUGAUGGCGAUAAGGGAUAAUGAGAAAUACUACAUUCUUCGACCUGAAGUGAUUGAAGGAUGGUUUUAUCUAUGGCGUGCAACACGAAAAAAUAAAUACAGGGAGUGGUGUUGGACGGCCGCCAAAAAUAUUGAAAAAUACUGUCGAACAGCUGGAGGAUAUUCCGGCAUAAAAAAUGUAUACAAUCCAGAAGUAAUACACGACGAUGUGCAGCAAAGCUUUUUAUUUGCAGAAACAUUCAAGUAUUUAUACCUCAUCUUUUCGGACGACAGUGUAAUGCCUUUGAAUAAAUGGGUAUUUAAUACUGAAGCUCACGCUUUUCCAAUAGUCACACAUACCGAGUUCUGA